CGCAGAGUCAUCUUCACAGCCCCAUUGUUACAUCGUAGAGGCUACAGUUUAUUUCUCUCUCUACAAUCUUGCACGUCUCACUCUAGUGGCCUCUGAUUCUUCCAUGGACGCAGCAGCAACGGCGACGGCGUCGCAGCUCGUGUACUGCGGAAUCGAGCCUCUUCGUCGCACCUGCCCCGCCGCUUCCAAGAAGAGAGCUAUGCCUUCUGGAAUAGUUGCGUUUCGGCGACCAAACGGCGUGGUUCGGGCCGUGGCCACCGACCCCAAGCCUACCCAAACAGAAUCUUCUGGAUCGUCUCCGAGGCGGGGGGUCGUCAAUGGGUCUUCUAGAUCUCCGCCUGUCAAUGGCGUUUCGACGAGAAUUGGAGAUGUUUCAAAAGAGAUUAAAAAAGUAAGAGCUCAGAUGGAAGAGAAUGAACAAGUGGCUAUACUUAUGAGAGGUCUUAGGGGUCAAAAUUUACGGGAUUCACAGUUUGCUGAUGAGAAUGUUCAGCUUCGGCUAGUUGAGGUAGAUGAAAGCAGUGAGUUUUUGCCCUUGGUGUAUGAUCCUGCUAGUAUAGCUGCAUACUGGGGAAGAAGGCCUCGAGCAGUUGCCACUCGUAUUGUCCAGUUACUCUCUGUUGCUGGGGGUUUUCUUUCACAUCUUGCCUGGGAUUUAAUAAAUAAGAAGGUCAAGGAGAAUGAAGUUGCUCGGGCAAUUGAAUUGAGAGAGAUUGUAACAUCUUUGGGUCCAGCAUAUAUAAAACUUGGGCAAGCAUUGAGUAUUCGACCAGAUAUACUAUCCCCUGUGGCAAUGACUGAGUUGCAAAAACUUUGUGAUAAGGUCCCUUCAUUUCCUGAUGAUGUAGCUAUGGCUCUAAUUGAAGAAGAGCUUGGCCGGCCAUGGCAUAAAAUAUAUUCUGAGCUUACUUCUUCCCCAAUUGCUGCUGCAUCUCUUGGACAGGUAUAUAAGGGCCGACUAAAAGAAAAUGGGGAUUUGGUGGCUGUUAAAGUGCAGAGGCCUUUCGUUCUUGAGACUGUGACAGUUGAUUUGUUCGUCAUACGAAACUUGGGGUUAGUUCUCCGGAAGUUUCCUCAGAUCUCUGUUGAUGUGGUUGGCUUGGUUGAUGAAUGGGCAGCCCGUUUCUUUGAGGAGCUUGAUUAUGUUAAUGAGGGUGAAAAUGGGACACACUUUGCUGAAAUGAUGAGGAAGGACCUUCCACAGGUUGUUGUACCAAAAACCUAUGAGAAAUAUACUUCGAGAAAGGUUCUCACCACACAAUGGAUAGAAGGAGAAAAGCUGUCACAAAGUACAGAAAGUGAUGUCGGGGAUCUGGUAAAUGUUGGAGUCAUAUGCUACCUAAAGCAGUUGCUUGAUACUGGUUUUUUCCAUGCUGAUCCACAUCCGGGAAAUUUGAUCCGCACUCCAGAUGGGAAGCUAGCUAUACUAGACUUUGGCCUAGUGACAAAGUUAACAGAUGAUCAGAAGUAUGGAAUGAUUGAAGCAAUUGCUCACCUUAUUCAUCGGGAUUAUGGAGCAAUAGUGAAAGAUUUUGUCAAACUUGAUUUCAUUCCAGAGGGGGUUAAUUUGGAACCAAUCUUGCCAGUGCUGGCCAAAGUCUUUGAUCAGGCACUUGAAGGGGGUGGAGCAAAGAAUAUCAACUUUCAGGAACUGGCAUCAGAUUUGGCCCAAAUAACAUUUGAUUAUCCGUUCAGGAUACCUCCAUAUUUUGCUCUUAUAAUUAGAGCAAUAGGGGUGCUGGAAGGCAUAGCUUUGGUGGGUAACCCUGAUUUUGCUAUUGUAGAUGAAGCUUAUCCCUAUUUAGCACAGAGGCUCCUGACUGAUGAGUCACCUCGUUUAAGGAAUGCAUUACGAUAUACAAUAUAUGGAAAAUCCGGAGUUUUUGAUGCUGAAAGAUUCAUUGAUGUCAUGCAAGCCUUUGAGAAUUUCAUAACAGCCGCUAAGAGUGGAGGUGGAGAAAAUAUGAAUGGGGGUAUGGCUGAACUUGGAAUCCUGCAAAGUCAAACUAGUUCUAUUUUUCCUGGAUUUCCUUCCAGUACAUCUCCUACAGGGCCAGUUCAAACGAGGGCAGCCCUAGCAUUUCUACUGUCUGACAAGGGAAACUUUUUUCGAGAAUUUCUUCUGGAUGAGAUUGUAAAGGGCAUGGAUGCUAUUGCAAGGGAACAGUUGGUACAGAUAAUGGCAGUCCUAGGGAUGGGUGAUGCUGCUCCAGUAUUUAGUAUGGUUCCUGCGUUUGGACUUAUCAAGCCUGCUGCACUUCUACCCACAGUAACUGAGGAAGACAAAGUUAUACUGAAUAACGUUCAAAAAAUUGUUGAAUUUCUAACUGCAGGAAGUUCAAAAUCAAGACCAUUGAAUCAGAGUGUGGAUGUUGCUCAGAUUAUCCAAGAGUUGAUUCCAGUGUUGCCAGGCAUCUCUGCUACAAUACUGCCUGAGGUGCUAAGUCGAUUAUCUUCCCGGGUUGCAGCUCGCAUCAUCCGGGAUGCAUUUUUGUAAGAUGAAAUUGUAGUCUUAUUCUCAAAGCCCCCAGCAAUUGUGCAUGUUUUGAUUAAUCAUAUGUCAACGCAAGAUGAUCUGUCCAAACCAUGCCUUAUUGGUUCGCACGGUUAGAUCUGUCCUCCAUAUUAUAUUAUCAAAUAAAUAUCAAAUGUCAAAUUUGGCCUCUUGUCAGAA